AUGGGACCAUUCAGCGGCAUCUCCCCUGGCGGGAGCAUACUGGGAAUCAUCGUCGGCUUGAUAUCGACGAGCGUGCAGAGCCUCGGCCUGACGCUCCAGCGAAAGUCGCACAUCCUCGAAGACGAAAAAGGCCCGCACGAUGUGCGCCGGCCGCCAUAUCGGAGGCGCAGAUGGCAGCUGGGCAUGGGCAUGUUCAUCAUCGCCAACCUGCUGGGUAGCACGGUGCAGAUCUCGACGCUCCCCCUGCCGGUGCUGUCGACGCUCCAGGCGGCCGGCUUGGUCUUCAACUCGAUCUGCGCCACCCUGAUACUGAGCGAGCCCUUCACGCGGUGGUCGCUCUGCGGCACCGUUCUCGUCACGAGCGGCGCCGUCCUCAUCGCGAUAUUCGGCGCGAUCCCGUCCCCGGCACACAACCUAGACGAGCUGCUGGAGCUGCUCGCCCGCAAGCCGUUCGUGGCUUGGAUGAUCUUGCAGGCACUAUUCGUCGUCGGCACUGCCAUUUUGAUAGAUGUCAUAAACCGAACUUCCAGCAUAUCGCAUAAUUCUCGCUUCCGCCUAGCCCGCGGCAUCACGUACGGGGUCAUCAGCGGCGACCUGUCCGCUCACGCCCUGCUCUUCGCCAAGUCGGCCGUCGAGCUGGUGAUCAAGACGAUCGGGGGUAACAAUCAGUUCGCUCACUGGGAGUCGUGGGCCAUAGUACUGGCGCUCGUUGCCCUCGCGCUGUGCCAGCUCUACUACCUACACCGCGGUCUGAAGCUAGUGUCUACCUCGGUUCUAUACCCGCUUGUGUUUUGCGUUUACAACAUCAUCGCCAUCUUGGAUGGAUUGAUAUACUUUAACCAGACGAGUCUCAUCUCGGCGCUGCACGCGUGCCUGAUCGCGCUCGGCACCGUCAUCCUGCUGUCGGGCGUGCUGGCGCUGUCGUGGCGGCUUAGCGACGAGCAGCACGCGCCCGGUGUCGGCCAGUCGACACUGGCCCCUGGGCUGGGCCUUGUCGAGGACACAGAGGGCGAGGAGGAGUCCCUCUUGGGGUCCGAGGAGGCGGCGGUCGAAGAAGAGGUCCCUACCUACCAAACAUUCCCAGCCGUCAACGGCGAGACAUCGCCGCUUACGCCAACGCGCAAGAAGACGUUCCGGUGGGCAGAGCGGGCCGAGAUCUGGGGUGAGCUGGAGGAUCAGGAGGAGCCGACCACGCCGGUUGGCAGGCUGCGGGCCAUCACCCUCCCUGGACGGACGGAGUCUACGCCGUUGCUCGCCUCGGCGCGGAGGUCCGUCAGCGGCGUCAUUGGCGGCCGCGACGAUGGCAGCGGGCCGAGCACUGAGGCGAACCCCCGCAAGUUUACCCGCCGGCGGAGGAAAAGCACAGGCUUCCCUGGCCUCGUCGCGAGGCGCAACGUCCGGAGGAGGAACUCGUCCGGGUCCGGGUCCGGCUCGAUACGAGACAUGCUCUCGCUGAGUUGGUGGACGCAGCGCGGGAGCCGCGCCUCGGUCAGCAGCGCCGGAGCGGUGGGCAGUCCUUCGCAGCCGCGGCCGUCGGACGGCGACUUGGGCGACGACCGACCGGAGAGCGCCGGCGGCAGGGGGCGCGACGACUCGGCUGUAUGA